AUGUUUACUCCACUUUACAGCGUUAGUCGUACUAUAGUAACUGCUGCAAGAUGCAGACGACGAGUUGUAGUGACAGGAAUGGGAGUAGUAUGUCCACUAGGAGUAGGUACACAGAAUGCUUGGGACAAUCUCAUUAAUUCUAAGUCAGGUAUUAUCAAAUUGACUGAACCAGAUUAUGAUAAACUACCUUGUAGAAUUGGAGCAUUAGUUCCUAAAGGAAAUGGUUCUAAUGAAUUAAACAUAGAAUCUUACUUCUCAAAAAGCGAGUUACGUACAAUGUGCGGUGCGACUGCAUAUGCCUUGAUAGCCACUGAAAUGGCAUUAAACGAUGCAAAAUGGAAACCAAAAGAUGAAACAGACAAGCAAGAUACAGGAGUGUCAGUAGGAAUUGGAAUGGUAGAUUUAGUUGAUAUAUGCACAACGUAUGAAGCUUUAAAAAAAGGAUAUAACAAAGUUAGUCCUUAUUUUGUACCAAGGAUUUUGCCUAACAUGGCUGCUGGACAAAUUAGUAUUAAAUAUGGCUUUCGUGGACCGAAUCAUUCUGUAUCAACAGCAUGUGCAACUGGAGCACAUGCAAUUGGUGAUGCAUUUCGUUUCAUCCGUGGUGGAGAAACAUCUGUAAUGGUGUGUGGUGGUGCAGAAGCAUGCAUUAGUCCUCUUGCUAUAGCUGCUUUCUGUAGGCUUCGAGCAUUAAGCACGUCAAGAAAUGAUUUUCCACAUGAAGCAUCACGCCCAUUUGAUAAAGAUAGAGAUGGAUUUGUAAUGGGAGAAGGUGCCGCUAUAUUGGUAUUAGAAGAAUUAAAUCAUGCACUCACAAGAAAUGCUAAUAUUUAUGCAGAAGUAUUAGGAUAUGGUCUGUCUGGAGAUGCAGCACAUUUAACUGCACCCAGUGAAGAUGGUACUGGUGCAAUAUUAGCUAUGGACAGAGCUGUCAAAGAUGCUGGUAUAGAUUCCACAGAAAUUACUUUUGUUAGUGCACAUGCAACUUCGACUCCCUUGGGAGAUGCCAUUGAAGUAAAAGCUAUAGAAUCAUUUAUGGGACAACAUAGUCAAAAUGUAACUAUUUCCAGUACCAAAGGAGCUCAUGGUCACUUACUAGGUGCAGCAGGAAACUUAGAAGCAACUUUUGCUAUUUUAGCAAUAAAAGAGGGCAUAAUUCCACCAACAUUAAAUUUGCAUAAUCUAGAUACAGAAACAUGCUUAAAUUUUGCCCCCAAUGCGAAAAAAGAUUGGAAUACGACGUCAAGGCUUGUAGCUUUGAAAAAUGCUUUUGGUUUUGGAGGGACGAAUGCAUGCUUAUGUUUCGCCGAAUACAAGAAAUAAGCCGAACGUGAAACUAAAGCUAUUACAAAAGCAUAAUAACACAACAUAAUACGAACUAGUCAUUCCU